AUAAAAAUAAAAAAUUGGAGCGGGGUUGAGCAGCCAGACCGAGAAACAAUUGGCAAAAAAGUAGACUACACUUCUGGAGUCAAGAGGAGGAGAGUAGUGACUUUCACAUCUGCAUCAAAUACACGAAGAAGCUGAGAGAGAGAGAUAGAGAACACACAGAAUGGAUCUGAACUCUACUCUCCUCGCCCUAAUUCCUUCAUCGACCUCUGUUACUAUGCUACUUGGAUUCUUUGCUUAUUUGGCAAUUGCUGGAUCCAUUAUACCCGGAAAGCUUGUUCCAGGCGUAAUCUUAUCUGACGGCACUCGUCUCCAAUACCGCUGCAACGGUUUGAUCUCACUUAUUUUGCUGGUUGCCUUACUUGGAAUCGGGGUUUGGACGGAUUUCACAUCUCCCACUGCAAUAGCAGACAGAGGACUUGAGCUAUUGUCAGCGGCUUUUAUACUUAGUUUUCUUGUGACAUUGGUACUUUAUGUGGCUGGUCGCAAAUCACAUGAUCAGGGUUCAUCCCUGAAGCCUCAUGUCACAGGAAACCUAAUUCAUGACUGGUGGUUUGGGAUACAGCUGAAUCCUCAAUUUAUGGGCAUUGACCUCAAGUAUGUGAUACGGACUUCAAUUUGAGCUUGUUUUCUUUUUACAGCUGGUCUUCUAGAAUUUUAUUCAGACCAUGCAUUUAAGUUGGGGCAAAUUUCACUCUACG